AUGUCUCGCCUCAUCGACAGACUUCCCACCCCUGAAAAGGUCAAGGAGAAGAAAGUCAUCGUCUUUAGCCGCAGCCGUGUCGGGACAUUUUCUCUCUAUCAGGCACUCAACAAGCUCGGCUACUCCGCAUAUCACAUGUACGAAGUCGUCCUCCAGGGAACCACCCACAUGGCCAUCUUCGAAGAGGCCAUCCGCUGCAAGUACCAAGGCGCCGGGAAGCCUUACGGCAAGGCUGAGUUUGACAAGUGGCUCGCCAACUACGAUGCCGUUGUCGAGAUUCCGCAGUUCUUCAUCGAGGAGUUUACCGAGUUCUACCCGAAUGCGAAAUUUAUACUCGUCGAGCGCGAUGCCAAUGCCUGGGAACGGUCGAUGAACAAUACCAUUGCCGGCAUGUUCAAAGCUUGCAACUCCUUCCCCAUGAGCGUCACCCAAUACGUUGAUCCGUGGGUCAAGGCAUUUGUUGGGCUUCACAUUGCCUUUGAAGAAGUCAUGUUUCAUUACAAGGGCAUCAAAGGCGGCAUGGAACAGGCAAAGCGGGACGGCGUCCUCGAUGCCCAAAAGGUCAAACGCUUAGUCCCAAGGGACCAACUUCUUUGUUGUACCCUCGAGGGCGGAUUUGGCUGGGAGCAGAUAUGUCCCUUCCUCGACAAGGACAUCCCCAAGGACCCGUAUCCCAUAGGCAACGCGCCUGCGCAGUUCCAGGAGCUUGUCGACCGGGUGAUUACUCCUCAAAUUAAGGCUUCGAUGGUAAAGGCGGCUGGGGCACUUUUGAUGCCGCUGGUGGCUGUAGGGAUGCUGGCGUAUAUGAAGCGGCGAUGA